AGUCAUCAUCGUGAGAGAUUGUGAACAGACGCCCGUGGAACUGUCAGGCAAAAGUCUUUGAGUACAAAUCUUUUACUGUCUAUGGUACAAAUAGACUCCAGAAACUGGCCAAAAUGUUUUACUAGUAAAAAUGAAUUGUUCUUUUAGUGUCCAUAUUGUCUACGUUCUGGUAACAGCAGAGGGUUAAAGCGCGAGUUUAGUUCAAGGAUCUUUGGUAACAGUGUCUUGGCUAAUUAGCAACGAAUGCCAUAUCCCACAAAACUAAAAGCCGGAGUGCUUCGGGUUAAUGCACAUUGUAAGUGAUUCAUAGCUUCAGUUUUUCUUAGCCUCUAAAUUAUGGAUAUGCGGAGACGUGGAAGGGGAAAGAGAAGUGGUAACCGAGGCAGGGAGGACACGCCAGAUGUGCGUUUAUCGAAAUCAAUGUCAUAUGCGCUGCGUCACGGAUCUAGUAAAAUGGGGCUGCACAUGAACCCAGAUGGCUUUGUAUUUGUGGAUGAUCUCCUCUCACAUCCCCAGUUUCGGUCAUUCUCACUGGAAGAUGUGGAGAGAGUGGUGGCCAAUAAUGACAAGCAGAGGUUCAAACUGUGCAGGCACAAAGAGAAUGAGCGGCUGCAGAUACGAGCCAAUCAGGGCCACUCAGUACAAGUGGCAGAUCUGGAGCUGAGAGCAGUGCACCCUGAAGCUCCGGACCUCCCUCAGGAAGGAAUCCAUGGCUCCUACCUGAAACACUGGCCCUCCAUCCGCAACCAGGGCCUGAGCAGGAUGGGCAGAACACACAUACAUCUGGCAUCUGGACUGCCAGGAGAACAGGGAGUCAUUAGCGGUAUGAGGAAAAACUGUGACGUGGCCAUUUACAUUGAUGUCCCUAAAGCCAUAUCAGACGGCAUCCCGUUCUUCUGGUCAGAGAAUGGAGUCUUACUGACACCUGGUGACUCGGAGGGAAAACUUGCUCCCUGUUACUUCCGCAGAGCUGUGCAGCUCAAGCCCUCUCGUAAGUCAGCUGCUGCUGUUAAGUAUUUCUCUUAUGAGGUCUCUUAGGAUAAAAUGAUAUUUCAUAUGAUUGUAUAUAGCCUCAUGAAUAACCCCUUUAAAUUAUUUACUUGUCUUCACAUUUGUCUCUUCAGAGUGUGAACUGCAGCUGGAGUAGGUGGUCCUUGACAUAAAUGGAGCCAUAUGACUGCUUCAGCGGCUUUUCACACAGUGGUUAGACCGUUACCAUGACUACAGCUGCAUUUUUAAAAGUGACAAAACCACCAACACGUAUCUCAACAACAUCCCCUGUUGAUAAUGCAGGUGUUUCCUUUCAGUACAACUCUGCAAUAAUAAGAUGCUAUGGCGUUAGAUACUUACAUAACACAGAUACUUACUUAACUUCAAUGAAUGACCCAAGUCUGAUUUGGCAAGUGCUAUCAAACCGGAGGCAGACGCUAACUGUCAUUUUUGGCAACUGAAAGUAUGAGCAUGUGUGUUAUAGAUAGGAACACGCGAGUGCUUAUAAACUAUACCACCAAGU